AUGAUGUCUUAUCCAAUGCUUAAUGUGACUCAUAUUAAGAUCCUUGGUGCCCACGUAGUUUUACGUGGGUGUGGUGACCUUCGAGCAGCAAAACCAGAAGCUGACGAAACAGAGACAGUUGUACAGGCUCUCCUUCUCAACACACUCUCCAAAUUAACCUUCGCAGAUUCCAAACGAUUCAACGUUUUGAUCGAUGAUGUGUUUUCUUCGGUGAACAAAACGAUGACUACGUUCGGCGACCUGGUGGAGCCACUCAAACAGGCAUCUGAAGAGAUGAAUAUUGAACUUACAUCGAAACAGCUCCAAAAAGUGUUUCAACUACACGAGCAACUCCGUCAACGAAUCGGCGUUGUUGUGGUGGGCCCGACAGGUUCUGGUAAAUCGACGAUUUGGCGAGUUCUACGACGAGCUCAGCUUUUGGCCGGGGUCGCCUUGCAUACCGUAUCCUUCAAUCCAAAGGCAAUGAACAGAACAAAGCUUCUUGGUCAUAUGGAUAUUGAUACUCGCGAAUGGUCGGAUGGAAUUCUCACUAUGGCGGCCAGAGAAGUAAUCAAAGACACAAGUGUUCAUACGUGGAUCAUUUUUGAUGGCGACAUCGAUCCAGAAUGGAUAGAGGCGCUGAAUUCGGUGCUUGACGACAAUCGACUGCUAACAAUGCCAUCUGGUGAGCGAAUACAAUUUGGCAGCAAUGUGAAUUUUCUGUUCGAGACCGAUUCGCUCCAGUUCGCCUCGCCGGCUACCGUAUCCAGGAUGGGAAUGAUUUUCAUAAGUGAGGAGGAUAUGUCAGCGAAGGAAGUGUCAUCGCAAUGUAUCAAAGUCUUUCCGAAGAGGAGCAUGCAGAUCUUCCAGACUGGAUCGAUCAACACUUUUACAGAUGCUACGACUGGUGCAUAUCCUGCGGACUGGGUCAAU